GUCCUGAACCAUGAUGGCGCGGACGGCUUCAGGCGCGUCACGCCACCGGCGCGUCACGCGAGCCGCCCUACGGGCACCUCCCGCGCUUUUCUUAGCCCAGCAGACAGUGACGGAGAGGGGAGCGGGGGAGUAGGCGAGCGGAAAGCAUGGCCCGGGGCUUGGCGGUGGCCUGGGCGGUGCUUGGGCCGCUGUUGUGGGGCUGCGCGCUGGCGCUGCAGGGCGGGAUGCUGUACCCCCGGGAGAGCCCGUCGCGGGAGCGCAAGGAGCUGGACGGCCUUUGGAGCUUCCGCGCCGACUUCUCCGACAACCGACGCCGGGGCUUUGAGGAGCAGUGGUACCGGCGGCCGCUGCGGGAGUCGGGCCCCACCCUGGACAUGCCGGUUCCCUCCAGCUUCAACGACAUCAGCCAGGACUGGCGUCUGCGGCAUUUUGUUGGCUGGGUGUGGUAUGAACGGGAGGUGAUCCUGCCAGAGCGAUGGACCCAGGACCUGAGCACAAGAGUGGUGCUGAGGAUUGGCAGUGCCCACGCCUAUGCCAUCGUGUGGGUGAAUGGGGUCGACACGCUAGAGCAUGAGGGGGGCUACCUGCCCUUUGAAGCCGACAUCAGCAACCUGGUCCAGGUGGGGCCCCUGUCCUCCCAGCUCCGCAUCACUAUCGCCAUCAACAACACACUCACCCCCACCACUCUGCCACCAGGGACCAUCCAAUACCUGACCGACACCUCCAAGUAUCCCAAGGGUUACUUUGUCCAGAAUACAUACUUUGACUUCUUCAACUACGCGGGACUGCAGCGGUCUGUGCUUCUGUACACGACACCCACCGCCUACAUCGAUGACAUCACCGUCACCACCGGCGUGGAGCACGACAGUGGGCUGGUGAAUUACCAGAUCUCUGUCAAGGGCAGUAACCUGUUUGAGUUGGAAGUGCGUCUUCUGGAUGCAGAAAACAAACUCGUGGCGAAUGGGACAGGAACCCAGGGCCAACUGAAGGUGCCGGGUGCCAGGCUCUGGUGGCCAUACCUGAUGCACGAACGCCCCGCCUAUCUGUACUCGUUGGAGGUGCGACUGACUGCACAGAUGUCGCCGGGGCCUGUGUCUGACUUCUACACACUCCCUGUGGGGAUCCGCACUGUGGCUGUCACCGAAAGCCAGUUCCUCAUCAAUGGGAAACCUUUCUAUUUCCACGGUGUCAACAAGCAUGAGGAUGCGGACAUCCGAGGGAAGGGCUUCGACUGGCCGCUGCUGGUGAAGGACUUCAACCUGCUUCGCUGGCUUGGUGCCAACGCCUUCCGCACCAGCCACUACCCCUAUGCCGAGGAAGUGCUGCAGAUGUGUGACCGCUAUGGGAUUGUGGUCAUCGAUGAGUGUCCUGGCGUGGGCCUGGCACUGCCGCAGUUCUUCAACAACGUGUCCCUGCAGAACCACAUGCGGGUGAUGGAGGAAGUGGUGCGCAGGGACAAGAACCACCCCGCCGUCGUGAUGUGGUCUGUGGCCAACGAGCCUGCAUCCCACCUAGAAUCUGCCGGCUACUACUUGAAGCUCCAUAUGUGGACGUGAUCUGUUUGAACAGCUACUACUCUUGGUAUCACGACUAUGGGCACCUGGAGUUGAUUCAGCAGCAGCUUACCACCCAGUUUGAGAGCUGGUAUAAGACGUAUCAGAAGCCCAUUAUUCAGAGCGAGUAUGGAGCAGAAACGAUUGUUGGGUUUCACCAGGUAAGCGGUGCUGAGCUUUCUGUUUGUGUGUUCUCUCGAGGCAGAGAUGUCACUCACCUCCCCCGGCCUGCCCUGCGCCCACUGCACUGCUCCCCUCACUUCAGCUUUGGGCUCACCUCCCGCUGCCUCAUCCACGUUCGCCUCGGCCCCCUUUGCUUGGUCCUCAGAGGUGGCCUCCUUACCAGCUUUGUUUCCAGACAGCCUCCUAUCACCUGUGCCCAAGUAGUCUUCUUAACAAAUCCAAAUUUGUAUUUGUUUGCAUUUGAGACCGGAUCUUUCUUUGUCACUAAGGCUAGAGUGUGGUGG